AUGCCGUCUGAACGUGGUCUGGCCCUCCAAGCGGAGCUGCAGCAGCUCAAGGCCGCCCACGGGCACCUGCGUGUCCGCAAGGCCCCAGCCGGCACCCCCGACGCGCCCUUCCCAAUCACCGUCGACGCCGUGGUCCCCGCGCCCCGUGGCACGCGCAUCGACGUAGAACAGCUCGCCCUCCGCCUGACGCUCGGCCCAGACGUGCUCCGCGCGCCGCCGCCGGCCGCGGCGGUUGCUGUCGCGGCGCGGGGGGAGCCGCCGCUGCCAGAGGCCCUCGCAGAGGAGAUCAAGCGGCGCCUGCACGCGACAUGGGCGGCCGCGGCGGGCGCGGUACCAGGCAGCGCCGGCGGCCAGCAGCAGCAGCAGCGGCAGCAGGAAGCUGCACCCAGGGGGUUUGGCCUGUCCGCCGUGCUGGAGGCCGCCAGCCGGCAGUACUCGCAACUGGUGGGGGCCCUACCCCAGUUCUUGGAGGCCUAUGAGGGCGUCGACGCGGCGGGGGCCACGCAGCAGCAGCAGCAGCAGCAGCAGCAGCAGCAGCAGCAGCAGCAGCAGCAGCAGCAGCAGCAGCAGCAGGAGGAGCAGGGCCUGCAGGGGCGCCAUGCCUUCAGCCUCAUGUUGCGACCAACAGACCCCGCCUGGGGCGCGCAGCGCGGGGCGAUACACGUCAAGGGGGAGUGGGGGCCGCCCGGCGCUGCGCCCUCGCACCCUCCGCUGCAUCAAGCCCCCGCCGAAAGCUUGCCCGGCGGCGCUGCGGCCGGGAGUGCAGCCGGCCGCGCGGGCGCAUGGCGGCUGUGGAUCGAGCCGACCGUCAGCGUGCCCGCUGCCCUCGCGGCGCGCCUGGAGGCGGGCCUGUGGCGCGAAGCGGCGGCCGCGGCGGCAAAUGGCGGCGGCGGCGGUGCGCCGCUGAGGGUGGCGCUCAGGUGGCUCGAGGGCUACGCAGGCAGUGCCGCCGCCGAGGCGGCGGCGGCGGCCGCGGCCCCGGCGGCUGCAGGAGGCGCGCGGCUGCACGGCGGCGGCGGCAGCGGGGUCGACGAGGCGGCGUGGGAGGUUUUGGGGGACGAGGCACGCGGCCGCUCCGAGGCGGCGGGGACGAGCUCGUUUGAGGGCAGCAGCGGGAGCUACGAAGGGUCCUCGUCCGGCGAAGAGGGCAGCGGCGGCAGCGGGGAUGAAGGCAGCGGCAGAAGCGGCAGCGGCCGGGAAGACGGCGCGCCCGGAACGGAGGGCGGUCGCGGCGCCGAGGCUGGCGGCACCGGCGCCACCAGGGCCGUGUCGCCGGCGGCGGCGGCGGCAGCGGCGGCGCAGCACGCCGGCGGCCGCGCGUGGGGUGUCGCCCUCGAGGGCCUGCAGCUGGAUCAGAUAGACGCUUUGGAGAUAUUAGACGCCCACCUGCAAAUAUCCUGCGGUCGCUGCGGCGCGCCCGCGACGGCGUCGAUGUCCCCCGCCGGCACGCCCGGGGCGCCGCGCGCGUGGGAGUGGCGCGGCGCGUGCGGCAAGUGCGCGGCGCCCGCGCGGGCGCUGCUGCGGCCGAGGGUCGUGCACGAGUCAAAUAAUGAGGUGGCGGCGCUUAAGGCGGAGGGCUGCACGCCGCUCGACCUGCUGCCCAGCUUAUUUGGCGCGCAGGUGUGCAUCUGGACCUGCGGCUGGGGCAGCCUCAGGGCUGCAUUGGGCUAUGUAGGGCCACCGCUUCCGCACGUGUGCUCGCGCUAA